AUGGCUCACGAUGAGGUAUUUUCAGGACCGAUGUCCGAAAGUGUCCCCUCGAGUGUUAUAUCCUUCGCCCACCGCCGAUCUCGGAAUGAUUCCACAGUGAGUUUUACGUACUUCCAGGAAGAUGAUGACUCCCUAGAGUGGCGCGAGGAGGAGGCUGUAGACGUUGACAACGAGUUGGGAGGAAUCAUUGUGGACGACCUGAACAGCGACCUGGAGGCAGCCGUGCCCCCGGGCAAGUCCAAAAGAACAUCAUAUUCUCGAAGCUCCAUGGAGGACCCUCUACUCUCCCGACAUGAAUCCACGAACUCGUACAUGAUUCGGAAGAAAGCAGGAGGUCGCGUUAAUCAAAAAAUCUACAUCGUCACAGAAGACCUGACGGCUGUAAUUGCUGGAUUCUCUACUAGCGUCAGUGGACUCGCUAUUUACGUUAUUUUAUGUGUUUUGUCGCUUGGAUCCGCUUAUCUUCUAUUACGGUGGCUACCAAAAUGGCGAGUGAGAUUAAUUGGAACUCCUGCGCCUUUGAGGAAGUGCGAGUGGGUUGCGAUCGAAGAUCAAUGGAGCCAAUUCAUGAUUCAUCGAGUAUCUACUCAGACUUAUGGGCGCCCACUUUCUACAGUUUUUGGAACUUCUUCGCUCGACAAUGUCCAUUCGGAUAACGACGAAGAUAACGAUCCCCCCCUCGCGUUGCUACGUUUUGUAGACUAUAGAUAUCUCAGAUUUAUCUACAAUCCGCUUGAAGAUAAAUUUCAACUUGUCAACGGCUGGAAAGACCCCUCGUGGACGAAUGUCAAACUCAUGCGAAGUGGACUUGAUGUCGAUGAAAGAGAUAGCAGAGAGCGCGUGUUUGGACGAAAUCUUAUCGAUGUCCAUCAGAAAUCUAUGUUUCAGCUUCUUGUUGAUGAGGUUCUUCAUCCCUUCUAUAUCUUUCAAAUUGCAAGUUUGGUCCUGUGGUCUUUGGAUGAGUACUAUUACUAUGCAGUCUGCAUUUUCGUUAUUUCCGUAUUCAGCAUUGGCGCCACUGUUAUGGAGACGCGGUCGACUAUGUCACGAUUAAGAGAAAUUUCUCACUUUGAGUGUAAUGUCCGAGUACUCCGGAAUGGAUUCUGGAGAACUGUUCCAUCAAGAGAAAUGGUUCCUGGAGACGUAUUCGAAGUUUCGGAUCCGUCACUGAGCCAGGUACCUUGUGACUGCUUACUCUUGUCUGGGGAUUGCAUAAUCAAUGAGAGCAUGCUUACAGGUGAAUCUGUUCCAGUUUCGAAGGUGCCAGUUACAGAUGAUGCUCUUGAUUAUCUUGACCUGAAAGCGCCGUCUAUUCAUCCCAAUGUGGCAAAACACUUCCUUUUCUGUGGUACCAAGAUCAUUCGGGCCCGGCGCCCACAGGAUGCCGAUGACGAAGCAGUCGCUCUAGCAGUUGUUGUACGAACAGGAUUUUCGACCACGAAAGGCUCCUUGGUUCGCUCUAUGCUAUUUCCGAAACCAUCUGGCUUUAAAUUCUAUAGAGACUCUUUCCGCUAUAUCUCAGUCAUGGGUGUGAUCGCGGCAUUGGGUUUCAUAGCCUCAUUUGUAAACUUCAUUCGAUUAGGGCUUUCCUGGCGUGUGGUCAUUGUGAGGGCCCUUGAUCUCGUCACUAUUGUAGUUCCACCUGCUUUACCUGCGACCUUAACUAUAGGAACGAACUUUGCUCUUUCGAGAUUGAAGAAGCAGCAAAUAUUUUGCAUAAGUCCGCAAAGAUUUACCGAAAUGUUCUCGGAGGCUUCGCAUAUGUUUUCCACGCCCCAAUUGAGGAGAGACAGUUACGUUGACUACAAUAAGUGUAAAAGAAUCAUCUACACAAUGGCGACGUGCCAUUCUCUUAGACUUGUCGACGGGGAACUCUUAGGGGAUCCUUUGGACAUCAAGAUGUUUGAAUUCACCGGCUGGACGUACGAAGAAGGCGGAAGCGCAAAUUCUGAUCAGUCAAGCGGCAAGGGUGACACAAUCAUCCCAUCUGUGGCAAGGCCACCUGCUAUGGGGUAUGGCCAUAACGAGCUUCAAAAUGAUGAAGUAGGGUUCCCAUUGACCCUUACUACCCCUGAUAUAGUUUCUUUGCCUCCUUUUGCAGGUUCCUUUCAGAUUCGAAUGGAACUUGGAAUCUUACGGUCUUUCGAAUUCGUUUCUCAUCUCCGUCGCACCAGCGUUAUUGUCAGACAAUUUGGAGAUAAUGGUGCCAGUGUUUUCGUGAAGGGGGCGCCCGAGUUACCAUAUGAUUUCGAUGAAUUAUUGAGCCAUUAUACGCACAGAGGCUACCGAGUGAUUGCCUGUGCUGCGAAAUAUGAGAGCAAGCUGAGUUGGAUGAAAGUCCAGAAGAUGUCGAGAGAAGAAGCAGAAUCGAAUUUGGAAUUUCUCGGUUUCAUUAUCUUCGAGAACAAAUUGAAACAGACUACGACCCACGUGAUCGAUGAGUUGAAAAGAGCAGGGAUACGCAAUGUCAUGUGUACCGGUGACAAUAUCCUAACAGCUAUCAGUGUUGCUCGCGAAUGCGGUCUUAUAGAUCCAUACGCCCAUUGUUUUGUGCCGCGCUUCGUUGGCAGUCAAGGCCUUGACGCGACAGCCACACUGGUUUGGGAGAGUGUUAAUGAUCCAAAUGCGCGACUUGACGAGACUACACUCAUGCCUGUUACUACUGCAGAAAGCCCUGAUAUUUCCGUACCCCUGAAUAAUUUAAAUAUGCACACAUACUCGAUAGCUGUCAGCGGUGACGUUUUCAGGUGGCUCAUCGAUUACGGAAAUGAAGAAGUGCUAAGAAGGACUCUUGUUAAAGGUCAAGUAUUUGCAAGAAUGUCUCCUGAUGAAAAACACGAACUUGUCGAGAAACUUCAAUCGUUAGAUUACUGUUGUGGCUUCUGCGGUGAUGGUGCCAAUGACUGUGGCGCUCUUAAGGCUGCAGACGUCGGAAUUUCACUUUCAGAUGCAGAAGCAUCAGUUGCUGCACCAUUUACUAGCCGGAUUUUUGACAUAUCUUGCGUUCCUAAGCUUAUCAAGGAGGGCCGAGCCGCGCUUGUCACCAGCUUCUGCUGUUUCAAAUACAUGAGUCUUUACUCCGCAAUUCAAUUCACAACUGUUAGCUUCUUAUAUACCUCGGCUUCAAAUCUGGGGGACUUUCAAUAUCUUUUCAUCGACUUGGCCCUUAUCUUACCAAUUGCAAUUUUUAUGGGUUGGAACGGUCCUUAUCCGCUUCUUUCACGGAAACGCCCAACAGCGGACCUUGUUUCACGGAAGGUUUUGACCCCUCUUCUGGGACAGAUUGCAAUCCAUGUCUUGAUGCAGUUGGUAGUAUUCAAGAUAGUGCAAACACGCCCAUGGUUCCAACCUCCGAGAGUGGACUUAAAAGAUGCCAACAUUGAAAAUUCCGAGAACACAUCCCUGUUCCUCGUUUCAUGCUAUCAAUACAUUUUUUCAAGUGUAGUACUCAGUGUGGGACCGCCUUUUCGACGGCCGAUCUUCUCAAAUAUUCCGUUCCUUGUUACUCUCGCCUCCGAUUUGCUGCUAUCGACUUACAUGUUGUUCAAACCGUCGAAAUGGUUGAUGCACAUCAUGCAAUUGACAAAAAUGUCUGGCGGUUUCAAGGCGUUCCUCUUUACACUAGCAAUUUUGGGCUUUGUAGUCUCUUGGAUCGCUGAGCACCGAAUCUUCCCUACUUUUGCUCGGGUUUUAGGACGCGCAUACGUACGUCUGCGGCCGAAUCGCGGCAAACGCCGCCGCCGGUACAAAGUCCUCCUCGAAGAGAUGCAAACCUGA